AUGGAGUGUUACUACAUUGUCAUCAGCUCCACGCAUCUCAGCAACGGACACUUUCGCAACAUCAAGGGAGUUUUCCGGGGCCCUCUCAGCAAGAACGGGAACAAAACUCUGGACUACGCUGAGAAGGAGAACACCAUAGCGAAAGCCCUGGAAGAUCUGAAGGCCAAUUUUUACUGUGAACUCUGUGACAAGCAGUACUAUAAGCACCAGGAGUUUGACAAUCACAUUAAUUCAUAUGACCAUGCUCACAAGCAGAGGCUCAAAGAACUGAAACAAAGGGAAUUUGCUCGAAAUGUAGCAUCUAAAUCCAGGAAAGAUGAAAGAAAACAGGAAAAGGCCCUCCAACGCCUGCACAAGCUGGCCGAGCUAAGAAAGGAAACUGUAUGUGCUCCUGGAAGUGGCCCCAUGUUCAAGUCAACAACUGUUACUGUGCGAGAAAAUUGUAAUGAAAUUUCCCGAAGAGUUGUUGUGGAUUCAGUUAAUAACCAGGAAGAUUUCAAAUAUACUCUGAUUCACAGUGAAGAGAGUGCUAAAGAUGUUACCACUGUUACUACAGACCCAGAAAGCGCAGGUAAUUAUACAGCAAAAAAUAACCAACGUGGAGAUCAAGCCCAGGGACUUCACAGACACAAAAUUGGCUUUUCUUUUGCAUUUCCAAAGAAAGCAUCUGUGAAGCUGGAGUCCUCAGCUGCAGCCUUCUCUGAAUACAAUGAUGAUGCCUCUGUGGAAAAAGGAUUUAGCAGAAAAAGUAGAUUUGUCCCCGGUGCUUGUCAUCUUCAACUAUCUUCACCAACAGAUGUGCUUUUGGGUUCCGAGGAGAAAGCUAACUCUUUUCAUAUACCAGAGGGAAUGUGUACUGACAAAGAAACUGCUCAAACUCAAGAGAUGAAAGAAGUUUCUAGUGAACAAGAUGCAUUAUUAUUACCUUCAUUUUACCAGUUUCAGCUUCCUUUAUCUUCUGAUGCAGACAGUUGCCAAAAUUCAGUCCCAUUGGCAGACCAAAUAUUACAGGAAGAUGUUAUUAUUAAUGAAGACAUAUCUAUGAGUGAUAAUAGUUCUGAGUUGUUAGGAAAUAAAUCCACAGUUCUUGACAUGGCUAAUGAUUGCAUAUCUUUGCAAGCUACAACUGAGGAAAAUGUUAAGGACAAUGAUGUAUCCGUAAUUGAAGUUGAAAAUAAAAAUCAUGGCCCUGAGAUGUUGGCCCCUUCUAAUUCUGAAGAAGAUAACAGAAGCUUACAUAAAAAAACAGAUCCAUAUAAAAGACCAAGUGAGCCAUUUGUACCAGUUCUUAACAAAGACAGAUCCACAGUUCUCCAGUGGCCGUCAGAAAUGCUGACUUACACAACUACUCAACCAUCAAUCUCCUAUAGCUGUAAUCCUCUCUGUUUUGACUUCAAGUCCACUAAAUUAAACAACAAUCUAGAUAAAAAUAAACUGCCCUUAAAUGAUCUUUAUUCCCAGCAGAAUGGAGAAGACAUUUGCAAGAGACCAGUCUUAGAUUGCAAGGACACAUCUACUGCAGGACUCACUGAUUAUGAAAUUGGAGGUCGCAGAAAUGAAUACACCCAAGUCACUCCUCUUUUAGCUGAUGAUAAUACUCUCUCCAAUACUUGUGAUUCUGGAAAAAAUGAGAAUACAGAUCAGAGGUAUAAAAAUAUUUCCUGUAGGAUCAGAAAAACAAAAAAAUAUAAUCUUACUAAAAAUCAAAUAAAACAGGAUACUGUAGAUGAGAAAUACAACAAAAUGAGGUUAAAAGAUACUCAUGAACACUGGUUCCAUAAAAGUAGAAGAAAGAAAAAAAGAAGGAGGUUAUGUCAACAUCAUAGUGGGGAGAAAACCAAAGAAUCAGAAACUCACUUCAAAAUGGAAAUGGAAAAUAGUUACACUGAUACAACUAGGAAAAAUCUACUGGAAACAAUUACUGAAAAGGAGUAUUUAGCUGCAGAGCAAUUAUGGGACUCAUAUCAACUCCCUGAUAAAAGGGCCAAAUCAGCAUCUACAAACUUAAGUGCAAAUGAAGAAAUAUGUAAAACCUGGAGCAGUGAAUACAAUAACGAUGAUGCUGUCAGUUCUAAAACCCACUGUAAAAAGAACUCAAUUGUUUUAAAUGGAAAAUCCAAUCCAACAAUGAUACAUCCUGGGAAACACAAUUUGACAUAUUCCAGAACUUACUGUAAUUGGAAAGCCAAAAUGUCCAGCUGUAGUCAGGAUCACAGAUGCCUGGUUCUCCCAAAUGACAUGAAAUGCCUGAGUCAGAAUCAGGCUGUUAAAAGAGGUUAUAAUUCUCUUAUUAAUGAAUCAGAAAGAUCCCAUCGAAAACGUAGACAAUAUUCACAUUCUUGUUCUUCAGAUGAAAGUUUAAAUCGACAGAAUUAUUUACCAGAAGAAUUUUUGAGGCCACCACGUGCUUCUGCUCCCUGUAAGCCUAAAAGGAAAAGGAGGAGAAAAAGAAGCAGAUUCCACACCGGAUUUGAAGCUUUGGAACUGAAAGAGAAUACAGAUUAUCCCAUGAAAGGCAAUUCUUCCUUACAUUACCAGGGUGAGUUAAUAAGUGAAGAUAAAAAAGAGGAAAUUAAACCACAAGAAAUUGCAAAUGUCGAAAGAAACUUGGAACAAACAGACCGAGUAGAAAAUAAACUGCACCCUAGCAGUCCCCUUCCUUCUGAAAUCAGUGGAGAAACUGAGCCCUUAGUGAUGGAUACCACUCCUGGUGAAUUGCCAGAGAUUUCCAACGAGCCCACGACAUCUGUCUAUGUAGCCAGUGCCCCAACAAAAGAAGAAAUUAAUAAUACCUUGCUUAAACACAAAGAAGGAAGUGAGAAUAGAGAUGUUAAUGAAAAGCAAAUUCCUUACAAGGUGCCUAAUAUUGAAAGAAACUCUAGACAGUCCCGACCUAAAUCAUACCUUUGCCAUUAUGAACUGGCCGAAGUCCCUCCACAAGGAAAGAUGAAUGAGGCAUCAACUGAGUGGCUGCGUUUUAAUUCAGGAAUCCUUAACGCACAACCACCACUACCAUUCAAAGAAGCACAUGUCAGUGGUCAUACCUUUGUAACAACAGAGCAAAUCCUGGCUCCAUUAGCUUUACCAGAACAAGCAUUAUUGAUCCCGAUAGAAAACCAUGACAAAUUCAAAAAUCUACCAUGUGAGGUCUACCAGCACAUCAUCCCCGCGAAUAUGCUGGCCAACAAGGUCAAAUUUACUUUUCCUCCAGCUGCCCUCCCGCCCCCUAGCACACCUCUGCAGCCUCUGCCUUUGCAGCAGCCCUUAUGUUCUACCUCUGUAACCACUAUCCACCACACUGUUUUGCAGCAGCAUGCGGCAGCCGCUGCAGCCGCAGCGGCAGCGGCAGCCGCAGGAACAUUUAAAGUGCUUCAACCACACCAACAGUUUCUUUCCCAAGUCCCAGCUCUCACCAGAACAUCGUUACCUCAGAUCUCAGUAGGACCAGUAGGACCAAGGCUUUGUCCUGGGAACCAGCCAACUUUUGUUGCUCCUCCUCAGAUGCCAGUCAUCCCAGCUUCAGUCCUUCAUCCUGGCCAUCUGGCUUUCCCGCCUUUACCCCAUGCACUUUUCCCUUCUCUGCUUUCCCCACACCCUACUGUCAUCCCACUGCAGCCCCUCUUCUGA